UGGGGGUGGGGUGGGGUGGGUAGGGACACUUGCCGGGGGCGAUGGAUUCGAGAUUGGCGGGUUGGUCCCCGAAGCUGAGCUAGAAGCCGGCUCCCGGGCCCAGGCCCUCGGCCCCGCGCCAUGGCAGCCGCCGUGUCCUCGGAACCUUUCGAGAAACUGCACGAGAUCUUCCGCGGGCUCUAUGAUGACUUGCGAGGGGUCCCCGACAGGCUCCUGGGGACCGGAGGGACGGAAGAGAAAAAGAAGUUAAUCAGAGACUUUGAUGAAAAACAACAGGAAGCAAAUGAAACGCUGGCAGAGAUGGAAGAGGAGCUGCGCUAUGCCCCCCUGUCUUUUCGCAACCCUAUGAUGGCCAAGCUUCGGAGCUAUCGCAGAGACCUGGCCAAGCUCCAGCGAGAAGUGAGAAGCACUCCUUUGACGGUGCCGCCUGGAGGCCGAGGAGAUAGUAGAUAUGGGGCAUAUGCUAUAGAGAAUGAGCACAUGAAUCAGCUACAGUCUCAAAGGGUUUUACUUCUACAAGGAACUGAGAGCCUAAAUCGAGCCACUCAGAGUAUUGAACGCUCCCACAAGAUUGCCACUGAGACGGAUCAGAUUGGUUCUGAAAUCAUUGAAGAAUUGGGGGACCAAAGAGACCAGCUGGAACGCACAAAGAGCCGAUUGGUGAAUACAAAUGAGAACUUGAGCAAAAGUCGAAAGAUCUUGCGUUCGAUGUCUAGAAAAGUGGCAACCAAUAAACUGCUGCUUUCCAUGGUUAUUCUUCUGGAGCUGGCCAUCUUGGGAGGACUAGUCUAUUACAAGUUCUUUCGAUAAUAAGGAAAAUCCCUGCCUCUUUAUUCUCCUUGUGGAUCCCUAAAUCAAAGAGCUAAAGGACCAACUUUACUGCUAGGGCCUACUAGCAGUUUAAGCACUCGGACUGUUUGUGUAAGAAAGAAGGAAGAUGACGAUUGGAAAUGUGAAGUAAUAGUAACAAAGCUGGGGUGCUAUACCAAGGUAACAAAUGCUGUGUUUAUUAGUUCUUUAAAUUUAUAGAGUAAUCUAAUAUAUUAAUUCCCAAUGAACUAAAUAAAACCAAUUACAGAAUACAGUAACAUUGGUCACCAAAAAUGAGGAGGGAUAUUUUUUAAAAACAAUUAUGCUUUCAUGAAGGCAGUAUUAACAUUGCCAAUUUUAAUAUCCCUUUAAGUGCCUCUGUAGAACUAUGGAAUGCCCAUUGUGGGGGGAAAAACCUGUGGAAAAAAUACAGACUCUAAAUUCGAACACA